ACUGUACAGUAAAUGGAGUUUAUUGUACUGUAAAUACAUUUAUUGGUAGUAAACCUUAAAUGCAAUUCGUCGAUUGGUUUAGUAGCAUUUACAUUUUCCUGAAAACAAACAAUAAUAAAACUACGAGAACUUUUUUCUGAGGGAAUUUUCAAAUUGUUUCAAAAAAACACAACAGUCUGAAUAAAUAUAAAAAAACACUUGACCGGACAAGACAACGCCCCCGUAAUAAUUGUAUAUUUCUUUGCCACACAUUAGGUGACUGAUAAAAAUGACUGCAGUUUAAUGAUAAUGGAAGAAAGCGUUUGGAUAUGUGACUCGUAUAAACCCCUAACCCUAAUAUGAUGUAACCAGUUCUUUAGGAGCGCCCAUCUGUGAUUAUGUGAUUAGGGAGGUUAUUUGUCCCCAAAAUCUGUUAUGUCAUAACACCGAGGCAACGUGUAGAAAAUGAAGGUGGUUUGCAGAUAAUGUCUUCAAGCUUUUUCAGCACCAGUGUCUUCAAUUAACACGCUGUCUGGUUGUCAGCCCAGGCUGAAGGGCGGAGGCCCUUUAGAAAAUUAAAAUUCCCACAGCCUGCGGUCUGAGGAGAGGCCAUUUUGACUGCAAAAUAUCCCGAGCAUCUAUGACUGCAAAACAAAGUAGGGUUCUGUUCUAACCAUGACAGAAACGCUGCGCAAACAGCACGUUUAGGAGCGAGAGAUUAAAGAAUAGGGUUGAACAAUUUCAUUUGGCAUGCAGCGCGCAAGAAAAGCCGUCUAAGUGGAACCUCUUGUAGCUGUUUCACUAAACUGACGCUAUACAAUAAAUCACAACACGCAGGAAUAGUGCGUGAAGCCAGCUUGGCCCGCGACUAACGUUUCCGAUUGAAACUUUAAGCAAAACAUUAUGGUGUUAGCAACCUCCAACAAGCGUAUAGUCUCCAGUCUGGUCCUUACUGGCUCGCUGUUAUCCAAAGGAAGCUCUCUCCGGAGUAGCUUGAAAUAGGUCCUUUCAGACGGAAGGACAGUGGAAUGCAGUGAAUUCAAGCUCAAAGGCCAAAGCUGGGCGCCCGAGUCACGACUGAUGUUUAAUGGUCUCUCGGUUUGGGGUUUUUGUUGCUGUUCCUGAAACGAACGCACACUAGCCGCUCAGUCAGUCCUCGGUCCAAGUCAUCAUUUCUCUCCAGCAGAUCUGUUGCGCUGCAGCCUACCUCCGUCCUCGUAAAUAACCCCCUUAACCCCCAUAAGCAAAGCGUAGUUCAUAUUUAAUCGUCGUAAAUUACGAUGUUAGCUGCAUAUGCGACGCACAGGUCGGAUUUAUAGCCUUUGACUAGCGGCUUGCCAUCUCCGAGCGAGUCCAAGACCACGUCUGUGAUAGUUAUGAAGAAAUGUAAAGACUUACAAUCCCGGUGACUUUGAUUAAGGGUCAGCUGGAAGUCAAAUGUCUGGACUCCAGAGCAGUCCACUCUGCUGCUGCUCACCAGCCUCCUCAAUAACGGACUGAUUUUUCUUUUUCUUCUUCUUUUUUUUCUCUCUCUACCCCUCAAACAUUUCUGAAUAGUGGACACCUCCGGUUCCAGCAGAGAGCAGCAGCAGGGCCAGCUGCCCUCAGUAUUCCGUCACGGGCUCAAAGCUGCCGCUGACAUCCGGCCCCGGUCCCCGGUAACCUCCGCCAGCUCCGGUCCGAGUUGUGUUUACUCGUGGCAGCCUGACCGCUGAGUGAGAAGCGCACUUUACCCGAUCGAGAGGAAGGCAGCAACAGCCUCAGCGGCGUUUACGGUCCGCACCACCACAGGCCAUAUAUCAGCCCUAUAAAACCAAAGCAGCCGCCCUGAUGUAGGAUUUUAUUAUGGUAUUAAACGGACCCCCAAAAAAAGUAGUUGAAGCACUUUGCGCUGUAAAGACGGCAUAACCACACAGGACCCGAUUUAAUGGAGCUCGUUAACAAAAAUGACUGUUAAUCUGCCAAUAAACGCGGUGUCAAGCGGCCCUACAGCUCAGAGAAGCCCCUUCCGAGCAGAUCCGGAGAACGGGUAAAUAAUUAAAGAUAUCUAGGUGUGAAUUUUACCAUCUAUCUACUCUUAAACAGAAAACAUCUCCGCCAUAAGUGUAGGACUACUGGUGCUUAUACUAAUGGAGUUUUAAAUACACGCGCCCUGAUUGAUUUAAGUGAUUACUUGGGCACAAUUCAACCAGAGUGGAUGUUCUCCUGGUGAUACAUUACAUUACAUUUUUUUUUUUUUUUUUUGCACGCUUUUAUUUUCAAACUAUUUUGAUUGGAGGGGUGAAAAACGCACACGAUGAAAUAAUGGCGCCACUUAUUUGUCAGCUAUUGUCUCUGUUUUGCAUUUCCCACACUGUGCACCGGGAGCAUAAUUUAAAUGUUUUUUUAUACAAGUCUAACUUGACAAGGAUCAUAGAUACACAGGCUAGAUAUACGGACGAGGUGUUCAUUUUGCAUAUUGCAUAUAAACAAGACAAUUUAUUUAGAAGGGGCCAAUCUAUUAGUUUGGAGAGGAACAGAGGAGAGAGGGAAAGAGAGGGAGGGAAACGGAGGGAGAGAGGGAGAGGGAGAGAGAGAGAGAGAGGCCCGCGUUCAGGAUUGAUUUACGCUCCUGUGACGCUUUAUCAGGCUCGAAGAAAAAAGUCCGGCCAAUCUGUUUGCGCCUCUCGCACAGACCCGACAAACCCCCGCGCACCGGGCGAGGCUGUAGCACUUUGUUUCGCUAUAGUGAGCAAGUUCUUUUGGAGGAAGGGGGCUAAAGGGGAGGAAGAGAGAGAGGGAGAGAGAGAGAGAAAGAGAGAGAGAGGGCGAGAGCGCGCGAGAGAGAGAGAGAGAGAGGGAGGGAGGGGGAGCAAAGGACAGAAGAGAAGAAGAAAAAGAGAGAGAGUGAAAGAGAGGAAAAUCUCGUAAUGUCUCUUCUCUUGUUCUCCGUUUAGUGAACUCGCGGCGCUUCGCAGAUAAUGUCCGACAAUGUCCAUUUCUGGGACUUUGAGCAACUAUUACGUGGACUCCAUCAUAAGUCACGAGAGCGAUGAACUCUCAGCCCCGACCCGCUUUCCCAGCGUCCAGUACUCCGGCUCGACCUCUGCUGUGGCAGCGGGCGGACGGCAGCCCGGCGGCGCCGCGCACGCAGAGCAUCCCCAUCCAGACACGUAUCCAUCCUGCAGCUUCCAGCCGAAGCCCCCGGUCUUCUCGUCCUCCUGGAGCCCGUUCAGUCCGCACCACGGGGCCACCGGCCUCCCCGCGGUCUACCACCCUUACAUCCCAGCCCAGCACAUGCCCGCCGCGGACACACGGUGCAUACGCUCGUGGCUCGACUGCGCGCCGCGCGGCUCGGAGUCCCUCCCGGGGCAGGGCCAAGCGGGGCAGGUCAAGCUGGAGCCUCAGCUCGGCCAUCUCGGCGCGGAGAUCCCGGCCAAGCUCGGCGUGCAGCACCAGCACGAGACCACCACGUACAUCUUGGAGCCGACGUCCACGGCGGCGCGAGAGCUGAGCCACCAUCCGGCAGCCAUCCCCGGAGCAGGGUUCGAAGAAAAUAAGGAUAUUUGUGAAGGGAGUGAGGACAAAGACGGCCUGGAUCAAAAUGACCCCUCGGCCAACUGGCUGCACGCACGCUCCUCCAGGAAGAAGAGGUGCCCGUACACUAAAUACCAGACGCUGGAGCUGGAGAAGGAGUUCCUGUUCAACAUGUACCUUACGCGGGACCGGCGGCACGAGGUGGCGCGCGCGCUUAACCUGACGGAGCGGCAGGUGAAGAUCUGGUUCCAGAACCGGAGGAUGAAAAUGAAGAAACAGAGCAAGGACCAACCCAAGGACUAGAGGGGACUCUCUCGCGCGAGCGCAAACAAAGAAACACACACACACAAACGCGCGCGCGCGCACCCAGACACACGCUCGCAUCACCUAUCCAACACGAAGCCCCGUUCUCUCUUAGAAAUAGAACACAAAAUUGCCUUCCCAAGAACGGGGAAAUAAUAUAUAUAUACAGCUCGCGCCCGCGGUUUCCAAUUAGUUUUAGCCUUGAGGCACUGACACGUGAGCUUCGGUCAAAUCACGCCGAUCUAUACAACUGAUCGAUCGCUUUACUGAUCCCUAACAGGCGCUGAGGACAUCGUUAAAGCGCAAGUCUCACGAACGUCUGAUAUCGAGACAAAUGGAAGGAAACUGGAACUUUUGAGUUUGCGUUAAUGGAGAACGAGCAUCUGCAAAUCCUCCCGGGCUCCUUGUCUUUUCACUGAGUCGGACUGCAUAUAAAACUGCGGACUGGACGGCUACUUUUAUGUCCUCGUGGUUUUAUAUUAGACUAUUGAUUAGGCUUUGAUAUUUGGCUACAUUAUGAAAGGGAAUGAAGCAAACAGCACGCCGAUGCUGUGAAGGAGGAGGGGUGUGGGCAGACACGCACUGUUCUUCCUUUUAUUAGUUCUUUUAGUUUCGUCUCUGACACCGGAGGCGCGCGGAGGUGCUGAAACCGGGAUUUCACAUGGCCAUUAAUAAGGACGAGCUGAACAGAUGGGGUGCACAUACACACAUCCUAUCCGUCCUUAUUUUGCUUCUUCUCCUCUUUUUUUCGCCCCUUCUUCUUGUUUCUCUCUGCUGGCAGAAUUUGAUUAGAAAGCGCCUGAUGGUCGACGUUGAUACAAGCAGCCAGCCGCCGUUUGUUUCCUGGUUGUCGGCCUAAGUAAUGAACAGAUACCGGAGAGGGAGGAGGAAGGGCGGGGGGAGAGAAGUUGAAAGUGAUGCGGAGGCAGGGGUGUUAACCCGACUCAGCAGCCGGCGAUCCGAUUAGACUGCUGUCGAUAGCGGUGGAUCUCGAGCCUUCAGCUUGAUGUUUGGAUGCUUUACGCGCCGCAGUCCGCAUCGGCUAUGGAUGGUCAACCCCGCGCCCACAUAAAACCCGACAUAGCAGGGUUUCAUCUGAAAGAAAGGCAUCUGAUUUUUUUUCUUCUUCUCAUAAAUCAGUCCACCAGUUAGAUUAAGUUUGAAGCACCCAUAUUUCAAGAUUUAUACAACAUUAGCCGCUACUCUUCGCAACAAUUCUGCUCACUUCUUCUCAAAUCUGUCUUUGCAUGCUUUCGCGCCCCCACUCUUUAAAAAUUAUUCGAGGCCACAUAUCCACUUUUAAUUAGACCGUCCAAUAAACAAAAUAAAAUAAAAUAAAAUAAAAAAAACGUUCACGGCUGCUAAUUUCUUCUUCUUUCUUUUUACUUAAAUAGUAGUUUCAGUGUGUAGUGCGCGCACAUAGUGAGUGCAUGUAUUAGAGAAUUGCUUCCUGCAAACUAUAGUUUCUCCUUGGUCACAGUGGUUCUUGUCGUCGCAUUAAAAAAAAAACAAAUCAGCUCUAUUUUUAUACAUACAUUAGCAUAUAUUGUGUAUUAUCUGCUAUGCAAAACGGCUCUCUCUCAUUUCAGGAACUAUAGCCUACAGAAAGCGUGCGCAACGGCGGUUUCCAAACGCAACCUGGGCUGAAGGAGCGAACGACCCUUGAUGCGAUCAGAUGUUUACUGACAGUUUUUACAUUUCUAGAAUUUUCUUUUAAAUAUACAAAUCCUAGAGGUUCAACAGAGGCGGCGUAACAGUAUUUAUUCCAGCGGUUAUAGCAAUAUCGUGCAGAUUUAAUAGCUCGGAUCAUUAUUAUCUGGUUAGACUUCAGCUCAUGCAGAUUUUUUUUUUUUUUUUUUUAUCGAUCUGUGUGUUAAAACAUGAAGGGGUUGCGAGGCCGGCCUGUCGCCGCGGCGUUAUUUGAAGUGUCGGGGUACUUAAAUGGCGUCCGGUGGCAGUUUUAUGGACGGAUCGUAAACAACACACUGGCUAUUGUGUGUCCAUGUGUGCUACCGGACAAGCGCUGACAAAUAUUUAAAAUAAACAAAACUGGAAAAUAAAUUAAAAAAAAAGAAAGAAAGAAAAAGGAAGAAAGAAAGAAAGAAAGAAAGAAAGAAAGAAAGAAAGAAAGAAAGAAAGAAAGAAAGAAAGAAAGAAAGCACAGAUUCCAGUUUUGCAGCAGUAACGACCGGGUUUACGACCUGUCUCUUUCGCAAAGUCUUACACAGAGAAGCCCCGCCACAAUUUCACAAUAAAGCAGCAGCAUCGUCAACUCCUCUAAUUACGAGUACAAAUGUUUACAUGGUUUGCGCAUGCCUCAAGUCAGUCGUCAUUUUUAAUAAAGGCGUUAUUUCGUCGUUUAUCUCUUUGUGUGUUAAAUCUGUCGAAGGGGAAUGCUUAUUGAAAAAAACAAUAAUAAUUAAAAAAAAAAAAAAGUAGAAGUUUCUUGAUAUGAAAUAUUUCUAAUUUAUUGUAUAUAAAGUGAGUAACCUAGUCUUUCUUAUUGGAAUGAGUUGAAUAUGCUAAAUAUUGUUUUGUCCUCCGUGGACAUGGUAUCUUUACUGUAAAAUAUAGACGAUUUUUUUCCUCUUUUUUAUUUGUUUUUUUUUUUUUUUUUUUAUUUGCCAUGUUCUUUAGAUUCUGAUUUAUUUUUUUUCCAUGUUGUUGUGCCGACUGUCUGAAUUAUGUGUUUUAUGUCAGUCCGAUGAGCUCUGUGUGUCUUUGUUUAAUGGUGAACAGUAACGAGUUAGACUUCGCUGAUGUAUUGGGACGGGCUGUAGGGGGGAAAGAUUUGAUUAAACUGACACACAACACUUCUGCAUUUAAAUUAUAAUUUCUAUUUUUAACUAUUAUUGAGUGUGCCCUCCCGCCCCGACUAUGACUUCCUCCCUUCUUGUGCCAUUCACUCCUGGCUGGGUAAACAAAGCUUCUGGAGGUAUUUUGCUGCUGAAAAAUAUGGCCUCAAUUGUUCCUUUGCUUUUUUUUUUUUUUUUUUUUUUUUAACGAGACAAAUCUAAGCCAUGUGGCCACAGCGAGGCUCUAUUAACGAGUAGGCAACCUCUAGUCACUGUGUUCCUCUCCUCCAUGUGAAAUGUUCCAGUCCCUCCUUGUAUGUUUUCUUCUUUCAUCUGUGUUGUUGUCUCUUGUUUCUUUGUGCGAUGGCACUGCUGAUGCUGGAUUCCUAUUAAAGAAGAGACUUUACAGUA